UCCCGUAUUUAUAUUUCAGGAACCACAAGUCCGGCGGCAAUAUGAAUUUAAACACAUUCGAUACAGAAAUACAGUCACUGGUUUCCGCAGCGGUCGAAGCCAAGGACAGAGCUUACUGUCCGUACAGCAAUUUCCGGGUCGGCUCAGCAGUCCUCUGUGCUGAUGGAUCUAUUGUCACCGGCGUGAACGUGGAAAAUGCAUCCUAUGGCCUUAGUGUCUGCGCAGAAAGGGUAGCGGUGUGGAACGCCGUGGCCCAGGGUCACAAAGACUUUAAAGGCGUUGCCAUAUCAUGUGACGUGAAGGGAGACUUCAAGGGAUCGUGUGGUGCUUGUAGACAGGUAUUUGCAGAGUUCAACUUGGAUAUGCCAUUAUACCUGGCCAAGCCGGACAAGACCAUAAAGGUGGUCACAGUUUCAGAGUUACUUCCCAUGUCCUUUACACCGAAAACUCUACAAGAAGAGCGCAUUUAG